AUGGCGAAGCUACCUGACGAGUUGAAAUUUAUCAAGCCCUUCCUAGUUCGGUCCCUUGAAAUGGAAACCGCAAUGCCGCUGGUCUCCUAUUACACCCACCUCUACGCUGUGCAGCUUGCAAUGGAGUACCACAAGCAAAACUCCAAAAACCAAACAGUCCGACAAUAUGUCAUUACCCUCUUAAAUGAGACUGAACAAAAAAAAGCCCAGCUUGGCGAAGUCCAGAACCCUAAAGACCAAUUUGAGUCCUUCUGCACUGCCUUAUUCGUCAAAGCUGAUACUGAAGAUCGCAAAGAAGGCUCAACAAAACUUACGGCACAGACCUUUUUGGUCACCAGCUAUUUCAUAGAAGCUAUGAGGGUGUUUGAGGAGCUGCCGCCUGACUGGGAAGAGAAAAGGGUCUAUUGUAAGUGGAAAGCUAAUGAUAUCAAUAAAGCGCUGAAAGCAGGACUUGUGCCUCAGAGAGGGGGACCAGGAGAAGCCCAAGCAGAAAAUGAGCAAGGAGAAGUACAGCCGGAGCAAGGGGAUAAGAGCUUGGAGAAGGAUUAGGAUUAUUAAAAGUUAGGUUUAGCCAUAUUGGUGACGUAGUCACCAAAGACCUCUUGUACAAGAGGUUCUACCGCUUUCGACUCCAGCCCAGAGGGUUUGUGCCACUUCCGUACCUUCUGUCUACUCCUUGCCUUACGGCUUCAGUCUUGAGUGCUUAUGGAUUUCUGCAGCCCUGCUAUGGCAAUUGAAGUAGCUUGAUUCAAAGAUCAACUACUCGGAGUCUAUUAGGUGAGUCCUCCCCAAAAUUCUCUUCUAGCCAAAGACUUUUGAGCCAUUUAAUCUUUUCUUCACUUUCCCCUUGACCAAUGAAAGGCUACAAAUUUUUAUAUUUUGUGCUCUAUUUUUGGUUUAAUUUUAUAAUGCAAAUGCUAUACAUUAAAAUUAUUUUUAUUCUCAUUUUUUUAAUAGCCAUAACUCUUUUGGAAGAUAUUAUCCAUUAAUUUUAUAUAUAGGCUACAGAUUUGAUACAAAUUGUGCUACAUAUUUUUUUAAAUUUUUAUAAUGCAAAUGCUAUACAUUAACACCUCCAUUUCCAAUCACAGGAAAACGGCCAAAACCUACCGGAUGCACAUCUCUUGAGCCUGCAUUUGAUUCUCGACUUGAGUCCGUCCCACUUCGCCGUGGUCAUAAAGUCUGGACUGUUGCUUCAAGAGGGGAAAUUGACACAUGCGGCCAUUUUAAUGUAUAUAGCUUGGAGAAGGAAUAUGAUGAUUUGUCGCUGCCUAGUCCGCCGACAGGAUUCCAAUCAAAAGGUUCUACACCUUCUGCUGAUUUUUAUCCACCUCCUCCACCUGCUCAGACAAGACAGCCACCUCCAAGUCCGCCUUCUGAUUUUUAUCCACCUCCUCCAGCUCAGACAAGAUUGCCUCCUCCAAGCCAGCCUUCUGGGUACGACCUACCUCCUCCUCAGCCAUAUACAACCCCUCAGCCUCAAAAUAAUCCUCCUCCACCCUCAAAACCAGCUACUAUCCCAUCUGGAGUACCAAAAGGGCAAAGAGAAAUUAGAGCUGCCAUAGAAAAAGCCAAAAAAGAAGCCCAAUAUGCAAUUCAAGAACUAGAAUAUAAAAACGUAGCCCCUGCAAUUAAAAACCUCCAAAAUGCAUUGAAUAUACUAAAUGAAUUUCAAUAA